CGUGGAGAGGAGGGUGAGCACUGCAGCGUCCACGCACCUUUGAGCAACCAGCAUCAUUGGAUGAAGGAGAAAAGCUGGACGUUGUAUUUGUGACAGUCCACCGACAGCAGCCACCAUGGAGGACGGAUCCAACCGAACCAUCGACCCGAGCUGCAUGCAGCAGCCGCCCCUCGCCAUCGACAUCAUCCUCAAUUUGGACAUCUUUGGCAUCGUUCUUUACUCGGUGCUCACCUUCAUGGCCACAGUGUCCAUGCUGGUCUUCCUUGAGGAAUGUAUCUUCAUCUAUAAGAAAGUUCCCGCCAAUAAGAAGAGCGUGAUCAUCUGGGUGACUGGGGCGGCACCGGUGAUUGGCACCAUGUCGUGUGUGGGCAUGUGGAUCCCCAGAGCCACGAUGUUUACAGAUAUGACCUCUGCUUGCUACUUUGCCAUUGUGGUGUUCAAGUUCCUCAUAAUGAUGUUGGAGGAGGUGGGCGGAGAUGAAGCUUUCCUGACGCGAGCAAAGACACAUAAACUUAGGAUCAGCACGGGGCCGUGCUGCUGCUGCUGCCUCUGCCUGCCGCAGGUGACCAUCACACGGCGCACUCUCUUCCUGCUCAAACUUGGCUCCUUCCAGUUUGCCAUCCUGAAGAUUGUCUUCACCCUCCUUUCCAUUUUCCUCUGGACCAACGGGACGUUUGAUCUCUCUGACUUCACCAUUGAGGGAUCUGCUAUAUGGAUCAACCCAUUCAUAGGCAUCUUGACAAUCAUAGCCCUGUGGCCUGUAGCGAUGACGUUCAUGCACCUGAGGGUUGCCCUGCGAACUAUCAAGAUCAUCCCCAAGUACGCCAUGUACCAGCUUGUGCUGAUCCUGAGUCAGUUGCAGACUGCUCUCAUCAACAUAUUGGCUUUAAAGGGAACGAUCGCCUGUGCUCCGCCCUUCUCAGCAAUAACCAGAGGAUACAUGAUUAGUCAGCAGCUUUUGAUCCUGGAAAUGUUCAUCAUCACGCUGGUAACACGCCUGCUGUUCCGCCGACUGUAUGAUCCUUUACCCGAAGAGGAGCAGGACGUCAAUGAACAAACCAAGAUGGUUGCAAUGACUUCGUCCGCAUGAGAAGUGUUUGUGUUUGGGGUUGUGGGGUUGUGGGGUUGUGUGGUUGUGGGGUUGUGUGGUUGUGGGGUUGUGUGGUUGUGUGGUUGUGGGGUUGUGGGGUUGUGUGGUUGUGUGUGUGUGUGUGUGUGUGUGUGUGUGUGUCAUUAUUUCCUGCAUGUAUAUUUGAUUCAAAGAUUUUAUAAGUUGGUAUGAAUAAAUGAAAUUAGGACAUUUUAAAUGUAUCUUGGGGGUGUAACAGAGGUUCAAACUAUUUCAUUGAACAGUCAAACCAAUCACACCCCUUAUUUUUCAACAAAAAAUGUAAUUAAAAAGGUUAUUAUUAAUGUAUUAGUAGAAAUUAUAUGUUUCAUCUAUGAUGAAUUGUAUAUCUGCUGCUAGAUACAUUUGACAGUAUCAGCCUUUUCAUUUUUCUCAUUAAUUAACAAAUAACUUUUCUGUGAAUUCACAGGAAGUUAUAAGAAAUAAUGGCCUUUUAAACAUCCAAAAAUGAAAUGUA